GAGAGAGAAAUUGGACAAUAACAGUUCAAUCAAUCAGUACGGAGGCUAUGGCGACGAACAGCAGAGAAGCUCGGAGGAAGAAGAUCAUGGAGAGAAGCUCCGACCGCCUUGCCCUCAUCACCAGUCGCAUCCAAACCCUCCCAUCUUCUUCUUCUUCUUCUUCUUCUCCAUCGCCAUCAGCAGAUCUCCAGCCCUUUGACUCCCAAUCGAAUCUCUCCUACGCAACCAACGUUUCCUCUGAUGGAGAGGAUAAGACAUCUAGCUCUUUGCUGCCAGAAGACAAUCACAGCACCAAUGCUGGCCAGACUAAGGCUGAUUUUGGUGGAAGCACUCCCAUACCAUCCUUAAGCAAAUCUGAGACUAAUCCUGAGGCCAUACAAAGUCCUGCUUCGGAAAGCGGCGUAUUGAGAUCAGAUUUGUUCUCAUCAACAGAUCGAAGUACAUAUGUUUCUAAUUUGGCUACAGAAAGACAUGUGCAACCCCAGGCGGAGAAGCGUAACUUUUUCAGUCCAAGUCAAAUAAGUUCUGCCUUUGCAGCUACGGAGACUACUCGCCUUUGUUGUUCUGUAGCAGUAGCGCUCCUAGUCGUUUUAUCAUAUCUAGGAUUUCCUAUACUAAGCAUAAAGAUCAUAAGCAGCAGUUUGAGCUUCAGGCCUCUCUAUCUAGUUUUGCUAACAAAUGUAACAGUCGUCAUCGCACAACUUCUUGGUAAACAGAGAAGUUUGGGAAGGGCUGAUAGAGGAGGAAAUACAACACCAGCAGCCGGCGGAAAUGAUUGGACUGAACAACUAGGCAAGACUUUAGAGAUAGGUUUGCUGAUUCAGAGGGUAGCUGAUGCUGUGUUCAUGGAUUGUGCUGUUUAUGCGGUAAUUGUUGUGUGUGGCCUCUCUUUCACUCAGAAAUUCCGCUAGGAAAAUCUUUGUUUGGAAUUUUUAAAUUAAGUCGAUUCAUUCUUCUACUAUUGGCUGUUGAGGAACAUUGUAAUCUUGUGCGGAAAAAAUUAUGAGGUUAUGACAACACUUUCAAGUCGUAUUACUUUGCUGAUUAUUGUGAUUGGAGUUUUGUUUCCUUGAACUUUGACACUGUAGAUAUUGGUUUGCAAUUG